CACUUAACUUGGUCACCUUAUUUGAUAUUUUGUAGGUGUUGACACUUGUUCUCUUAGUCCAGUGUAUGAGUAUGAACUAAAAGGUCACAUUAUACUAGAACUUUACCAGAACAACAGUAGGUGGUAUAACAUGUCUUUCUGGGGAGGUCAUGUCCAGAUACCAUGGAUUGGAAACGUUGAUGAGCACUGUCCAUAUCUAGCUGUUUCUCAGUAUUACUUAUCAUUAUCAGAACAACACAUUAGCAUAGACGAAAUUGGAGAUCAAGUUCAGAGGGUAGACGCUUGCAUUCACAAUGAGACAGACCCUUGUUUAAUGAACGUAACAGUUGAGAUGAGGACGUGUGAGGGUUUCUUAUUUUACAGAUUUCCCUACAUUGAGAGUUUAGAUAAAGAAUAUGUUAGCUACACGUACAUAUGUCCAGAUACAAUCUAUUACGCAGGUUGUGACGACUUUUCACUUGUUUACACGGCCGGUACUGUUGUCGGUGAUUUAUUGGUUUUGUCCGAAGGUGAUGUACAACAUGGCUGGCUAGACGCCUAUAUCAAAGGACAACAAUUUGUCUAUCCGACUUUGACAGAAAUGAGUGAUAUAAUAGAUGGAUGUAUCGACGAUAAAACCUAUCAAUGGGGAUUUUAUCUCCCAGGUCCAAUUAAGAUAAACGAGGUUCCUACCAAACUGCCGUUGUGUUAUGUUUCUGACUAUGAUGAUGAUGGCGAGUUCGAUCUACAACCGAUCUGUGGUGUUUAUAACAUUUAUGCCAGGACAUGUAAUGACAAGAUACAGUUCGACGUUUCGCUUUAUAAAACAUCAGACAGACCCCGCUGUUUGAUUUUACAGAAAUCGAAUGGAAUGUCAACUGCUGCACUGGUUGGAAUUAUAAUAGGAUCUGUUAUAGGUUGCGCUGUUCUUGCUGUGAUUGUGCGUGUAGUUACUGUGAUUGUGCGGCGCAACUGUCACAAGGGAGUAUAAUCUGGUUUGCUUGUAAGGGAGUGUAAAUUGGUUUGCUUGUAAUGAAUAUUUGUUUUCAAAAAGGGCACAUACUGUCCGGUUGCGAGGAACAGAAUAUAUUUAUAAAUAUGAUCAAUUCAAUGGAAAAAAUAGUGGGACAAUGAUUGCACUACGCUGAAUUUAAUCGUAAUGUAACUACCAACAUGAAAUUCCGAAAUCUAUAUUUAUUAUUGUAUGAUUUCUUGUCAUUCAUUUUAUCAUGGUUCAACAACAAAACUAUUAUUCAGUUAUAUGACAAUGUAAGUGUAUUUCUUCAUUGGUAUUUCUAUAAUGUUGAUCAUUGAACCUUUUCGUAGUUUGAUGUUCUUUAUGAGAUCUUCAACAUAAUUGCUACAUACAUUUGUUAAUGAGCCUUUUAAUCAGCAAUAAGAUAUAGUAUUUAUGCCUAUUUAUAUAAUUAUAUAAAUCUGUUAAGUCUUUAUGACUGUCAAGUUAUUUUAUUUAGUUCCGCCCAUUGUUUUCUCGUUUAGGGCACACGCUUUGUUUUAAUUGGGGACCAUACGCUGCUUUUCAUGGAAUGACACUACUGUGUCACAUUGAAGGUUCCAUAAUAACCGCCGUAUGAACACAUCUGCGGAUGUUUCUAAAUUCAAAAUUUCGCCAUUUUUCGUGUUUCGUGUAACUUGCACUUUCCAGUAACGUCCAUGAACAGGCUCAAUAAAGAGUUAUCGGGAAAUCGCAUUCUAAUUGCCAUCUAUUCUCUUUUAUAUAAAACAAAUAUUAUAUGUAAAUGUGGACCCUCUACCAUAAAUAAAAUAUUUAUUGAUAAUUGUCAAAUACCUACAUGUAUAUCAAAAUGGAAUGUUUAUUUUAACAUUGAUGAUACUGAGUGGAAAUACCUGUUUGAAUGGAUUCACACUGAAACUAAUGAUAGUUACCUCCAAUGGCUUCAAACUAGAAUCACCCAUAGAAUUUUUGGAACAAACUAUUUAAUGUCUAAAAUGAAAUUGACACAAUCUGAUAAAUGCACUUUCUGCAAAGAAGAAAAAGAGACAUUAUCUCAUUUAUUCUGGAAUUGUUCUGCUAUUAAAACUUUUAUCUCAGAUGUGCAACAAUUGUUAAAAGGUCAUAAUGUUGAAUGAAAGUUGAUUGUAAGACAUUCAUUUUAGGAUAUGAAAAAGGAGAUCAAUGUCAAUUUAAUAUUUUUUGUCUAGAAUUAAAAAGAUAUAUAUUCUUGUGCAAGAGGAGGGAGAUAAUACCAUCCUUACAAGGUCUCGUCUGCAGUUUAAAGCUAGCAUCUUCAAAAGUAAGUUAUACAAAAGUUAAAAAAUCUAUGUACUCAUUAAGUGAUAGUACAUUUUUGAAUUAACUACUUAUAUAUUACAAGUGAAUAUAUUAUAUCCUGAAUAUAUUAUAUCCAGUUUUUGUGGAAAUGAAAUACUCUGAAUCCGAAGAAAACAUUUAUCUUCUGUGUAUUGUAUAUAUUAUAAAAUUAUGUAUGAUAUAAAUGCUCUCAUGUGUUUUGUAAUAUUAUAAUAAAUUGUAAGGUAAAAUAGUGGAUGGAUCCCCGACCCUAUUUUACCUAUUACGGGACAAUAAACGGAGUAACCUCUUGGGCUUCAAAAAAAUGCCUCGAUGACCUUUUGUUCGGAUGAAGCGAGAUAACUCAUUGAUAAAAAGAUUGAAAAUUAUUGUACUCGUUACGUCCCCUUGCCUUGUAGCCAUCAC